AUGAAUAAAUCAAUACAGCUAAUGAUAAUUUUAUAAAUUGUAAACAUAUUUGCAGUUACACCUGGUUGUGCAAUUACCUGUAUUCCCACAAGUUAUGAUACUCAAGCUAAUUGUAUGAGUUGUGAACCAGAUCCAUCCGUUGAAAAGUUAUUUGCUGGACCUUCACCUGUUAAUUGUUCAGUUAUUGACUGUUCUGCAAAAUUUCAUUAAUUAAAUGGAUAUGUAUGUUAAUCUUGUAAAGGAUUAAACCUUAGUGCUUUUUAUGAUCCUAUUACAAAUGAUUGUGUAAUUUAAUGUCCAGAUAAUUCAAUAGAUGAUAAAUACAAUUGUUUACGAAUAGCUAAACCAGGUGCAAACAUUAAUUGUGGAUCUACAGAUGGUGCUUAAGGUUCAUGCACUGGAUGUGGAUCUUCUUCUAGUAUUCAAAAUUUUUUCACAUGGAUUUCGGGUAUCAUUUGUAGAUUUAAUGAUUGUAGUAUUGCUCCAUCUUCUUAUAACGGUUAUGUUUGCAAAUCUUGCUUUUAAGUAGAAGGAGCUCAUGCUACUUUUGCAGCUGGGACUUAUUACAAUCCGUUUACAAAUUCAUGCAUUAGUUAAUGUCCUAUUGGAACAUACCCAGAUAAAUCAUAUACUUGUUAAUAGAUGGUUAAUUCAGGUGACUUAGUUAGUUGCGGUACUGUUGGAAUCCCUUAAGGUACAUGCAAUAGAUGCGGAUCUACUUAAGCAAUUUAAAAUUUAUUCCAAUGGGAUUCUAAUUCAAAUUGUAAAAUUAUCGAUUGUAGUAUUGUUCCUCCUUUUUAUAAUGGAAACGUAUGUAAAUCCUGUUAUAAAGCAGCAAAUGCAGCCUCUGCAUUUAAAAUUGGUCCCUACUUUAACCCAAUAACCAAUUCUUGUGUUGCUUAAUGUCCUUCAUUUACAUUUUCUGAUAACGACAAUAUAUGUUAAAACUAUCCUACUAAUCCUGUUCUUGGUAAAAAUGUUGCUUGCGGUACUGAAUAUAUACAAGGAGGAGAAAAUGCUAACUGCAAUAAAUGUGGCGAUAUUUAAACCAUUUAAUCUUUAUUUAUUUAUGACUUGAAAACUUUAGGUGUAAAUUGCUAUUAUGCUGAUUGUAGAACUAUUCAUAGUACUCUUAAUGGUUGGAUUUGCAAUUCUUGUGAUGGAGUACCAGGAUCAAACAUACCACCUGGUAUAUAUUUUAAUGGAACUACAUGUACAUAUACAUGUAAUAGAGGUGUUGCUAACUCUAAAAGUGGUUAUAUUUGCUAAAAUUCAAUAAAUUUAUCAGGACAUAAAUUAAAUUUUGUUUAAGUCUUAUUAUUUUUAUGUUUAUUAUUCUGA